CUGACCUUUUCCCCCCCUGACCUUUUUUUUCCCCCCUCACCAAAAAAUCCUUGGUUUUCCCCAUAAAAACAAAGUAUUGUUUGGUGUUCCUCAGUGUUAAAAAGUUUAAGAAACACUGGUCUAUAGUUUUGCUUCCUAAAAUAGGGCCAACACAGUAAUUCUGAUGAAGAUCUAGUGUGUAGGUGUUCUGUGACAAAAAAUAUAAAAUUUAAUUUGUUUUCAAAUGUAGAUAUAGAAGAAAUUGAGAAGUAGUACAAUUCCAAUAUUGUGCUUGCUUUACUGGUAGCUGAAGAAUAUCUCUCAAUUCUUUUGUAGUAUUUUAACCAUAUCAGUAUUGAGGACUCACGGGUAUAUGAACUGACCAGUAAAGCUGGACUGUUGUCUCCAUAUCAGAUUCUCCAUGAGUGCCUUAAAAGAAAUCAUGGAAUGGGUGACACAUCUAUCAAGUUUGAAGUGAUUCCUGGUAAAAAUCAGAAGAGUGAAUAUGUCCUGACUUGUGGCAAGCACACAGUGCGAGGCUGGUGUAAAAACAAGAGAGUCGGGAAACAGCUAGCUUCUCAGAAGAUCCUACAGCUACUGCACCCGCAUGUGAAAAACUGGGGCUCUUUAUUGCGUAUGUAUGGUAGAGAGAAUAACAAGAUGGUCAAACAGGAAACGUCUGAUAAAAGUGUGAUAGAACUUCAGCAGUAUGCCAAAAAGAACAAGCCAAAUGUACACAUCCUGAACAAGUUACAGGAAGAAAUGAAAAAGCUGGCCCAAGAAAGGGAGGAAACUCGAAAGAAACCCAAAAUGACAAUAGUAGAAUCCAUUCAGCCUGGUAGUGAACCUCUGUGUACUGUUGAUGUGUGACCAGAAAACGUAACAAGUGGGGAGCAAUAACAAAUGGAGAAACUACGUUUUCAACAAUUAUUUAAGAAUCUAUUUGCUGCAGAAUGCAAGAUAACUGUAGAAUCCCAGCUGCUUCAGUUAUGCAUUGUUCUUUUGCAUCAUCAGGGCAAUAUUACUUUUUUUUUUAACCCUCCUGAGAUAUGUAUGUUUAAAUGAUUGGUCCUUAAACACAUCCUUUCAAGACAUCAUGGAUGACGUUCUAGGAAAAAGUGCUUGCUUAGAUUUAUCCUGUGUGAACAUGCCUAUCUUCUGCACAUUUGCUCAAGUAGAGAUCUUUAUGAUCAAAUUCAAUAUAAUUUUUUAUAUAUACACACUCUUGUAUGAACAUGGCUAAAAUUAUUUUUCUGCAAAGUUUUGUUGCAUUUCAGCACAUAAUAAUAUGCACUGAUAAGACACUUUGACAAAUACAUGAAAAAGUGAUGAGCAAUGUUCAUAAUGCCAUAGGAUUAGCCCAGUAAUGCUGUUUUUUAUUUUGUG